UGAGAACCACUAAAGAUAAGACAGACUAUAAAUGACACUACACUCCAAUUAAAUAUUUCUUGAUUCGUGUCAAACUCCGUAGGAAAUCAACGACCCAAAAUGUCCACCAGAUCAAUUAUUUUGUUUCUUUUGGUAGCCAUUUGUCUGGUCUAUACAGAGUCAGCAGCCAUAGAGUCUCUCUGUGACAUGAUGUGCAUAGACCUCUACGCUCCGGUCUGCGGAUCAGACGGCAAGACCUACGGUAAUGGCUGUUAUCUGAGCCUAGCCAACUGUGGGAAACCAGCAGCCAAUCAAGUCACUGUUGUCAGCCACGGCGCCUGCGGUGCUCUGCCAUCAGAUGUUUAAAUAAGAAUUAUUUUUUCAUAUAAUUAAAUACAAUAAAAACAAUGCUAAACAAAGCAAAAUACACAGAAAAAAAACUUUUAAUAAACAAAGCUUAUGUUAAGUGUA